AUGUUAAGGUACUUUAAAAGAAAAGAAAAUUCUGGUGUAGAGGGGUCGUCGGGUACAAAUAGCUCAUUGGAUUCAUCUCCUGCAAAAAAAACAAAGAAGAAUGAUAGUAAUUCAGAGAAGCAUUGUCCUGAAAUUAAUGAAAAAUAUCCUUCUGAUCCUGGAAAUCGUCCUUCAAUUUCAAGUUAUCAUCCUAAUGUUCAAGAUGAAGUACGCAGAUAUUAUCUACAAAAAGGUCCUUGUCAACCUAGAGCUCAUGAGUUUCCUAUCACAGAAUUUGGGAGAAAGAAAAGAAGAUUUGUUAAAGAGUGGUUUGAUGAUUUUCCUACUUGGUUAGAGUAUAGCAUUAAAAACGAUGCUGCAUAUUGUCUAUGUUGUUAUCUUUUUAAACAAGGAGGUGGUGAUACUUUUGUGGGUGACGGAUUUAAGAACUGGAAGAAGAAGAGUAUAGUAUAUGGUCAUAUUGGAGGGCCAAACAGUACCCAUAACAAGGCUCAAAGAAAUUGUGAAGCGUUACUAAAUCAAAAACAACGGAUUGAAACCAUAUUGUCAAAUCAUACAAGCCAAGAUCGAAUUGACUACCAGACUCGCUUAAGUGCAUCAAUCGGUGUCGUUAGAAUUCUUUUAAAGCAAGGACUUCCAUUUCGUGGGCAUGAUGAAUCUGAAAAUUCAAAUAAUCGAGGAAAUUUUCUUGAAAUUUUGGAAUGGUUAUGUGGUUAUAAUGAAGAUAUAAAAGCUGUCACAUUGAAAAAUGCUCCGGAAAAUUUGAAGUUAACAUCACCUGAUAUUCAGAAGGACAUUGUAAGUGCUAUUUCAAUUGAAAUUGUCAAUACAAUUGCUAGUGAACUUGGUGAUUCUUUAUUUGCCAUUCUUGUUGAUGAAUCUCGAGAUAUGUCCUCAAAGGAGCAAAUGGCCAUUGUACUACGGUAUGUGGAUGAUGGAAAUGUGAUUGAGCGUUUUGUGGGUAUUGAGCAUGUUACGAAUACCAAUGCUAUCACACUAAAGGAAGCUAUUGAUGAUUUUUUAUGUAGACAUGGAUUAAGCAUUUCAAGACUGCGAGGUCAAGGAUAUGAUGGAGCAAGUAAUAUGAGAGGUGAGCUGAAUGGUUUGAAAACACUUAUUUUGAAUGAAAAUAAAUGUGCUUUUUAUGUGCAUUGUUUUGCUCAUCAACUACAGUUAGCUUUGGUAGCAGUGGCCAAGAAUCAUGACUUGGUUUCAGAUUUCUUUACUUUGGUUGGUAAUGUGGUGAAUGUGGUUGGAGCGUCAGCUAAAAGACGAGACAUUCUUCGAGAAAAACAUGGUGAUGACAUAUUAGAAGCACUAGAAAACAAUGAGCUUUCAAGUGGUCAAGGCUUGAAUCAGGAAACUAGUGUGAAGCGAACUAGUGAUACACGAUGGAGCUCUCAUUAUGAUACAUUAAUUAGCUUGUCUAGAAUGUUCAAAUCUGUGAUAGCUGUACUCGAGGUUGUCAGAAUGGAUGGAACAAGUUCUGAACAAAAGUUAGAAGCAAGGGUUUUAUUGGAUUAUAUGCGAUCAUAUGAAUUCAUUUUCUGUCUGCACUUGAUGAGAAAAGUGUUGGGAAUCACAAAUGAUUUGUCAAAAGCACUACAAAAGAAAGAUCAAGAUAUUGUGAAUGCUAUGAACUUGGUUACUGUAUGCAAGGAACGAUUGCAGGCAAUGAGAGAGAGUGGUUGGGAUUCUUUACUUGCACAAAUUACAAUUUUUUGUGAGAAGCAUUCUAUUGAAGUUCUAAACAUGGAUGAAUGCUUUGUAGCCCAAGGGAAAUCAAAGCGCAAUGCUCAAGUGAUCACAAACUUGCAUCAUUACCGUGUUCAGUUGUUUUAUACUGUUAUUGAUAAUCAGCUUCAAGAGUUGGAUGAUCGUUUCAAUGAGAAGAAUACUGAGUUGCUUCUUUGUAUGUCAUGUUUGAACCCGAGAAAUUCAUUCUCAGCUUUUGACAAAGAAAAGUUGAUAAAGCUGGCCCAAUAUUAUCCUCAGGAUUUUUCUGCACAUGAUCUAGAGGUACUUGAUGAUCAACUUGAAAAUUAUAUAGUAGACAUGCGCUCCAACAUUGAGUUUUUUGAAUUGAAGGGAAUUACUGAUCUUGCAAAAAAGAUGGUUCAGACCAAAAAAGAUGUGACAUAUCCACUGGUGUACUUGCUUUUGACACUAGCAUUGAUUCUACCAGUUGCGACUGCAAGUGUAGAGAGAGUAUUUUCUGCUAUGAAUAUUGUGAAGACUCGUUUACGUAGUCGAAUGGGUGACGAGUUUAUGAAUGAUUGCUUGAUUUCAUAUAUUGAGAAGGACAUUUUUACUAGCAUAGAUGAUGAGGCUAUCAUGCAACGAUUUCAAAAUAUGAAAUCUCGUCGAGGGCAAUUACCAUUGUAAUAGAUAGAAACUACAUUUAAAGAUUUUGUAUGUCUUCAUAUAUAUAUUUUUUUUGUGCCCCAGUGAACCUAAAUUCCUGGCUCCGCCACUGCUCUAAACCCAUACGCAUAAUUUUACCACCUUCAGC